AUGGGUUGUUCUUCACCUGACUUCCUUUUGGAUCCAUUGGAAACACCAAAACAAAUAAAGACAAAAUUGGGAAGAUCGUUUUGUGAACCACAGAAUUUGCAAGGAAAUGUAGCCAUGAUCAUAGCAAAACAACUGGUCUUCCCACUUCUGUCUGGGUCAAGCCUUAAUAUCAGUCGAAAUGAAGAUAACGGUGGCGAUUUAAGCGUAAAGACUUAUGAAGAACUAGAAUAUGAGUUCUUGGUUGGUUCAAAGAAGGACUACCCUCUUCAUCCAGGUGAUUUGAAGAACGCUGUGGUCACAUUCAUCAACAAAAUCAAUAUCACAGUUGGCAUAAAGCACUGUAACCCGGUACAACACAAAGAAAUACGAUGCCAAAUCUACACAAUGAGCGAUGAGGAUCGGCAUGAAGUCAGUCAACCAGAUAGAGCGGCGUCGAUCUGGUACAAAUUACGAGCUAAUGAAAAGUAG